UUACAGGAAGACCCGAGAGCGCAUGAAGGCCAUUUAGAAGCGAGCAUUUUGCAAGAUCAUCGCUUGAAUUACCUCUGAUACAGACCAAGGGCAUGGGACAAGAAUUUGGGACUUUAGUGGAUUAGACACUUUAUAACCGUUGAAAAGCCACACAGCACUACCGGAUCGACGUCUGUGAACGCUGGAUUAACAACAAACAGCUUUUCAUAGACUCGGAUUAGGAUGGCGUUAAUUUUGUUCUCGAGAUCCCGGUCUCCGUUGAUGAAAUCCUCCAGAUCAUUAAAGAACGAGCUGAGAAAAGGGAAGCUGAAAGACAUAGCCUGCUUCAGUUGUACUGCACUACGCCUGGCUACAAACAGUCCCGAGGUUCUCAGAGGCAGUUUGGCAGCUCAGUCUCUCGGGCUGCGUCCUGACCAUUCAUACACACGUCAGUGCUCAAUGAACAGUUCAUCUCGUCUUUACUAUGCCGUCCUGAUACCCAACUCUGCUGCACUAGGCCACACCCACGCUGUCUCUCAUUGGACAGUUGCGCAGUGGACCACACCAGUACGGUGGGUUCACACCUCAAGCUGUCUUUAUGACGACUCCAAAGUGGAGCGCUCGCUGCGUUCACUAAAAGAUCGAAAUAAAAAGCUAGAGGAGGGAGGACCCAUCUACAGCCCUAAUGUGGAUGUGGAGCCAGUGCGGCGAACGCUAGGGCAACGCGUGAUUGACGAGGUGAAGCACUAUUACCACGGAUUCCGACUUCUGUGGAUUGAUACGGCCAUCACUGGACGCAUGCUGUGGAGAGUGCUGAACGGACAAAUUCUGUCACGAAGAGAAAGGAGACAGUUCCUAAGGACAUGUGCAGACUUAUUCCGACUCCUGCCUUUUCUGGUGUUUAUCAUUGUUCCUUUUAUGGAAUUCCUGCUUCCUGUUGCUCUGAAGCUUUUCCCCAACAUGCUGCCAUCCACUUUUGAGACAAAGUCCAAGAAGGAAGAGAGACUGAAGAAGGAGCUCAGAGUCAAGCUGGAGAUGGCUAAGUUCUUACAGGACACAGUGGAGGAAAUUGCACUGAGAAACAAAGCAGACAAAGGCAACGUGACUGAGGAGUUCUCUAGCUUCUUCCAGAAGAUCCGGGACUCAGGUGAGAGGCCUAGCAAUGAGCAGAUCAUCCGAUUCUCCAAACUGUUUGAGGAUGAACUGACCCUAGACAACCUGACACGGCCGCAACUGGUAGCUCUCUGCAAGCUACUGGAGCUGCAGCCAAUCGGGACUAACAACUUCCUCCGCUUCCAGCUCAUCAUGAAGCUCCGCUCCAUACGUGCUGAUGACAAGCUGAUAGCAGAGGAAGGAGUGGAGAGCCUGAAUGCUAAUGAGCUGCAAGCUGCAUGCAGGGUUCGAGGCAUGAGAUCUCUGGGAGUGACAGAGGAAAGGCUUAGAGAUCAACUCAAACAGUGGCUGGAGCUGCAUUUGAACCAGCACAUCCCCACCUCUCUGCUACUACUUUCAAGGGCUAUGUUCCUUCCUGACACUCUGUCCCCUGCAGACCAGCUUAAAACCACACUCCAGACGUUGCCUGAGAUUGUGGCUAAAGAGGCACAGGUAAAAGUGGCAGAGCUUGACUUCUCUAAGGUGGAUAACAAGACUAAACUGGAGACCAUGCUGCAAGAAGAGGCAGCUAUUCGCCAGGAGAACAGAGAGAGGGAGCUGGAGAGGCUAGCCGAAACCGUAGAGAAAGCCAAAGAACAGAAGGAGGAUGUGGAGGCUGAGAUGCGGGUAGACGCUGAUCUCGCUAUGCCCAGUGUAGACGUGGCUAUACACUCGGAAACUUUACGAGACACAGCACCGGUGCUGGACGGUAUUAAGGGAGAGGAGAUCACUAAGGAGGAGAUUGACAUGUUGAGUGAUGCCUGCACCAAACUGAAGGAGCAGAAAAAACUCCUGACUAAAGAGAAGGAGGAGCUGGAGGAACUGAAAGACGACGUGCAGGAAUACACUGAGGAUCUGGAGGAGAUAAAGAAAGAGCUUUCUAAAACUGGGCAGGAGAAAGAGGUGGAAGAGUCGAAAGCCAGUAAACAUCUGUCACGCCGGGUGAACCGCAUGAUCAGUCGCAUGGAUAAGAUCAUAAACGAGUUAGAGAAAGACAAGCUGGUGCUGGAUGGACAGAUGGACAGCGGAACCACACCACCAGUUGGAUUUUUCUUUGAGAAAUGUAAUGACUUACAAAGGGAAAACCUGAUUAGCAUCAAUGAGCUCAUUGCUGUCAUGAGGCAGAUCCAGAGCAUUCCAGAGCACAAGCUGCUCAGCAUCGCCGACGCGCUGGAUGAAAACAAGGACGGCAAGAUAGACAUUGACGAUGUUAUCAAGGUGAUGGAGCUGAUCGAUAAGGAGGAUGUGGACAUUAGCACAUCACAAGUGUCGGAGAUCAUGUUGAUGCUUCAGAAAGAGGAGAAGCUGGUGGAAAAGGAGAAAGCUAAGGAGAAGGCUGAAAAGGAACAGGCAGCUAAGGUUCAACAAAACUAAGUUCAUCACCGCAAGCUACCACUGAGCAGGAACGCACAGAGGAACCACUGGUGCUGUAGCCACUGGUUUCAUACUUGAAAAAAUAAGAGAAAUUAAAUUAUUUGCUAAAUUAAAUCCCAGCAUUCGUUUCAACAUCUAACCAUCAGCUGGCAGUGAUGUCACGUCUUGUGAGCUGACUCACUGUUUUUUUUUUUAUUUUGCACGUCAUUGUGGUCGUCAUCAUUCCACUGCCACUGCUGCCAUUCGGAUUCAGUUAUUUUGUGUUAUUUUAUUUAAAUCAGAUUAUUUUGAGCUGAAUCAAUUAGCAGAAACCACUGAAUGUAGCUCAGCUGGCUUGUGUGUAUGCUAUUGUAUUUGUCCAGAAACCAAAGGCAAACUUACAAAGCUAUUACAGGACUCAAGGUCAAUAUGCAAAUGCUACAGACUGAACAAGAGGUCAGCUCUUUGAGUGAGCCUCAGCUAUGUAUUUUGUUUUUUAUUUGCUAAUUACUCUGCUGUGGCCUUGAGUGAACACACACACAUCUUUCCUGAUAAUGUCAGUGAUUUAUAAAAGAAUUACCUUUAUUGGUUAUGUGUUGCUCAGCUGAAAGUCCUCCAUUUAAUUAACAUAUUAACAGUGUUCCAUUUUACCCCUUGAUGGAGUCUUGUGGAUGUGUGUAUAUUAGUGAUCUAGUUAACCUUGGAACAAGUGCUAGCUGUAGACUCAUAAUUCAAUAGGCCGGAGUUCUUUAUGGAACUGUGGAGGAUAGAUGGUGAGAGAAUUGUUAGGUGCUUGAAGUAUAAGUGUGUGUGUGAGAGAGAGAGAGAGAGAGAGAGAGAGAGAAGAUGGAGUAGGCUCUUUGCAGUGCAGACAGGUUUCGAGACUAGGCCUCCGCUCAGACCCAGUAUGGUGAGGCCAGUCUGGGUACAGUCACUUCAAGGACUGGGUAAACACUCACACCAUACAUGGAGAGGGUAGCUAGCAGAUACAGACACACACAUUGUGUUAUGUCAGCAUAACAUAGUUGCACAGGGCACAGCAGACAGUGAAUACAUCACUUCUACUCCUAAACAUGUCAUAGAGAGAGAACAGAGUGUCUGACCUGAAAGCACCGACUCUGUGUUGUAUCAGAGAGACAGACGGAGCUCUGUUUUGGAGUCAGGGUGCCUUUUACACUUUGUCUAUAAGUUUCAGCCAGGCAGCAAUCAAGGGUCAGAGGUCAACCUCACCAUAGUAACCACCUGUAUUUAUGCAGCUUGUGUAUCUGCAUUUGCGCCUUAAACCACAUGAAUUUAUUUGCACAUUAAAAUCGAUAUAAUGUGUUGUUUUAAAGGGAGCAAGAUAUACUGAUUUACAAUUGCACUAUCAUUAUUUAAAGCUUUUUUUAUUAUUGUUUUGCGGUUGUGAUUCAGACUCAGGAAUAUUUGUGUAAUGGGCUGCAGUUGCAGGUUGGGAGAAAAGCGGGCAGGCGGCUGGUUUAACUGGAAGAGAUGGAGCAACUUUUGUCUAAUGGCAGGACUAUUUUUGGGUGAACGACCCUGAGUUUCAGGAAAGAGUUAUUGUGGUAUUUCUCUACCCUGAAGGUGCAUUUCUGUCCUUCUGAUUUAAUAUGCACUUGGUUAUUGUUGACCUUACGAUGUGCAAAUUCAGCAGUAGUAGAAGAACAGCUAAUUGACAAGGAAGGGUACAAUUCUAACCACUAUUUACUUCAUUCAAUGUUUGUAAUUUAAUUUAAAACCAAUUGGAGAUUGUUUUAAAGAUCAAUUCAGAGCAAUAGCUGUAUUAUUAUUAUUAUUAUUAUUAUUAUUAUUAUUAUUAUAGAAAGUUUCAAAGAUCAUCAAACGAAAGUUAUUGCUAAAUCUCUUUACUGGCUGUGUAAGAAUAUUAUCUAGUCCAGUAUCAUAUACCCCUACCAAAGAGGGUAUUAUAUUUUUUUUUAAAAAAGGUAUUUGCCCUGGGGGAUUAUCUGUGCUUUAAAAAAAAAACUAAUUGUAUAAAAAAUGAACCAAUUAAAGCUAAAUUAUACUGAAAAUCAACCAAUAAAUACAUUUGUUCAACUGUAAUCGUAAAUGUCACUGUGUAUGUUGUUAAAAAUAUGUAUGCACAAAUAUUAAUCCCUAGUAGUUUUUAUGUUCCUAUAUGUUGUAACUGUACAAGUGUACAGUAGAUUGGCUUUUAGUGGCUAAAUUCAAUGAAUUUAUUUUCAUAUUUCAGAGUUUACCAAAAUUGUGUGAAAGGAGGUGUGUAGCUUGAUGAUCUAUUUAGUUUUUUGUUUUUUUUAUUAUUAUUAUUUAAAUUAAAUUUCUUAAAAGAAGCACAAAAUAAAAUUGAUGGUUAGUUGGUAAGAUGAAUUAAUUGAUAUUGUUUUUUAAACCAUCAACAAUCUGAGUUUGUUUUGUUUUUGAGUUUUUAUUGUCAUAAAAUAUAUGGGAAAAAAAAAAGCUUUUAAUUUUGCCAUGACUGAAUCUGAUGUAUGGUUAUACAUAUUCUGAAACGGGUCGUUCCAGUUUGAAUAAAAAGAAGUAAUAUGA